GGCAGAAAUUCCGUUGCCUCUCUCCUCCUCCCUCCUCGUUGUCUACUGCCGCCCUCUGGCCUGAGCUAUAACGCUCCCUUCCCUUGCCGCAAAAUCCCCCCCACAUCCUAACGAAAUGUACUCCACACUCGUUUCCCUCGCGAUCUUUUCGAGCCUUGCCCUCGCCGCUUCGGCGGAACUGACCAUCGAUACCCCUACUGAACUCGUUCAGUGCCAACCUGUCCAUGUCACUUGGAAGGAGGGUGCUGCACCGUUCGACCUCAUCGUUACCCCCACGGAAGAUCCGUGCAACCAGGUCCUUGCUGACCUUGGAGAUGACCACAAGGGCCAAUCCAUCACCUGGACCGUCGACCUCCCCGCCGGUACUCAGGCUAUGUUCUCCCUUGUGGAUGCUAAUGGCGCGGAGGCCUGGAGUGGUGCUGUGACGGUCAAGGGUAGCGACAACUCUGCCUGCUUGCCAGAGGCCCUGAAUGCCGCUGUGAACGCUUCCUCUUCGUCCGCUGCUUCUGCCAGUGGUUCUUCCUCCGUCGCGGACAUCGCGACCCCCGCCACCACUUUGGUUGUACCCCCCGGGUCCAUAAGUCGUGUCGCUUCUUCUGCUGCUCCCACUAGCACUUCCGACGCUGCUGUCCCCGUCGGAGCAGCCAACGCUGGUCUCGACCCCCUCGGCUCCGGAGCUGCUGCUUUCCACAAGUUCAGUGCUCCCGCUUUGGCCUUUAGUGCCAUCGUUGCAGUCGUCGUUUCCUUCGCCCUCUGAGAAACCCUACUCACUUCCUAACCUGCGGUCAUGUCACCGCGUAUACCCUUUCGACAUCUUACACAAUACAUUCUAUCCCUUGUACUCAUCUGGGCGGCACCGGUUGUUAUUGAUAAGUUAAGUUUUUGUACUCCCUGGUUGGAUGUCUUGUACAUAGGCAUCGUACCGUUGUUUCUUGGAAGCGCGGCUGCAGGAUAUCGGCCGUUGUUCUUGGCGAUUGCAAUGGUCGGUGCGUAGCGAGCCGGUCUUGAUGUAGUUAGAUGAUUCAAAGCCUUGAAGGAUGUAUCCUAGUACUAAUAGGCUACGGUUCAAUCACAUUUCUGAAUUUCGGUUUACCCUUCCAUGUGCACAUAACGUGUUCAACACGACCCGCAAGACGCGUUAUAUAUCCGACUGUCAGGCUGCAUGCAAUGUUCAAUAAGUUAUUCAACUCAGA